AUGGCUGGAAGAAGAAAUCUUGAAAAAACUAAACCGGAAGAUGCUGUCAAGACACUUGAAAAAAAGUUUGAAGAGUGUAUGUCUUCUUUUCAAGCCCGGUUGGAAAGUUCUCAACCUAAUAUCACUUCUCUCACCAAUGAUUUUAUUAUGUUCAAAGAGACUAUGAAGACUGCGCUGGAGAUCUUAAAAAAGCAAGUUCAGUCCCUUACACUAUUAACUGAUGACAUUGACAACAGGAGCAGGCGUAAAUUUCUUUUAAUUCGAGGCAUUGAAGAGUCUGAUACAGAAAACUGCAUUGACACUGUUAUAAAUCUGGUGACAUAA